AUUAAGUGUUAACAAGAUCGUCAGUUUAUUCGUGAUAAAAUUAUGGUAUACAUAAUAUUAGCCUAUAAAAUAUUAUCUUUAAUUUAUAACCAUAACCAGCCAUGGAAACUAAUUUCUUAACAAAGUUUCAUAGUACUUAAUGCAUAAGUCAUACUGUAAAUAGAUUUACAUUGCACCAAGCUUCAAAUAAAAGCUUUUUUUUGUUUAAUCUAAAUAAGUAAAAGUUUGUUAACCAAGUUAAGCAAUAGCUUGCGUUUCCUUCUCUACGAAGUCUAGAACAUUUCGGUUUCUUCCACUUCUCAAAAUCUCUCAACAGUAAACUCUCAUCCGGAAAUCAGAGUACACGUGUCACUCCCUCCUCCAAUUGCCAUAUAAAAACCACACGUGUAGUCCCGACUCGUCACGAACUUUCUCUAACCCUCCAAAAAAUUCGAAACGCCAUUUUUAUUAACCAAACUCCCUUAUUCAAACCCCCCAAAAAAAUUCAAAUUCCCUCACUUUCCUGAGAAAAUCCAUACAAAUCUAACUAAAAUUCUUGUUUCUUGAGAAAAUAAAACAUGUGGACCAGGCCAUUUCAGAAGAGUGACGUGGAGGCCGGAGCGAGGCCUCUAUACCCAAUGAUGCUUGAAAGCCCAGAGCUCCGGUGGGCCUUCAUUCGCAAGAUCUAUUCGAUCUUAACCGUCCAAUUGUUAGUCACAAUAGCCGUUGCCGCAACAGUCGUUUCUGUCCCUCCGAUCGCUCUCUUCUUCGUCAGCAGUGGGGCCGGCCUCGCUCUCUACAUCGUACUCAUCAUCACUCCCUUCAUCGUGUUAUGUCCCUUGUUUUAUUACCACCAGAAGCACCCGGUGAAUUACGUAUUACUUGGGGUUUUUACCGUCUCGCUUGCCUUUGCGGUUGGAUUGACUUGUGCAUUUACCAGUGGGAAGGUUAUAUUGGAAUCCGUCAUUCUAACAACUGUGGUCGUUGUGAGUCUCACUCUAUACACAUUCUGGGCAGCAAGGAGAGGCCAUGAUUUCAACUUCCUUGGACCCUUUUUGUUCGGUGCUGUGCUUGUUCUUAUGGUCUUUGCAAUGAUUCAGAUUCUGUUUCCGCUGGGUAAGCUAUCUGUGAUGAUCUACGGGUGCUUGGCAUCGAUCAUAUUCUGCGGGUACAUUGUUUAUGACACAGACAACUUGAUCAAACGCUAUUCCUAUGAUGAGUACAUCUGGGCUGCUGUCUCCUUGUAUUUGGAUAUCAUCAACCUCUUUCUAUCUUUGCUAACUAUUUUCAGAGCUGCUGAUAGCUGAGAAAUUCAUGUUUACUUGUAUAUGUUUUGGAAUAUCUCUGUAUGGCAGAAUGUCAAAAUGUUGUAAACCACUCUACUCUGUAAGUUGGUAAAUAGUUAAUCGAGUGGGAUUUUGUUCAGUUGCAUAUCUGUUUCUUGUUUUCUGUUAUUUGCCCAUUUUGCUGAUAAUGGAAGCAAUUUGAAUCA